AUGUACCUCUACUCCACUCUUCCUCUUAUCCAACAUCCUAUCGCUCUUGCCAUGCCGUCAAUACCACAAACCACUGCUCUUGCGACGGAAGAUACUUCGCAGGGAAAUUCAACACUUACCGCCAAGGUGGCUAUCUUCGUCGUUAUCGGGGUUGUCCUAACUGUCGCCGUCGGCUUCAUUUUGUGGUACAAGCUAUCAAAACCCCUUCGUGAACGACACUUCAUGAUCAAUCGUACACUCGCCAAGAACGGCUGCGAUGAACUUCAUAAAUCCAACAUGAAUAAUAGUCACUCGCCCUCCCUCCUCGAUGACACCACGCUCGAGAUUACUUCAACUUUCUACAGCGGGUCGCAACAGGCGUUGAGUGGGAAAGGCGAUGCACACGAAUGGCACUCCAAGUCACUGGACAACCCGCCCUUUGCGGAUAUGCGCCUCGAUCCUCAGCUCAAUGUAUCCUACCAAAAGCGAGAGCGUACGGUCAACAUCUGCCAUACACUUGAGACGAGCAGGUCUUGCCAGGCCUUGGUGGAGAAAUGGUCGGCCCCGAGUAAACGCAGCCUGAAGAAAGGACCAAUGCCCCGUGUUCCUUUGAGCGAUAAGAGGGUUGUGACGGGGCCUCCAGGGUUAGGAUGGUUUUGA